AUGCCGGCCCCGUGCGCCGAGGGAGGCGGCGGCCCGCGGGGGGCGCCCAGGGCGUCCUCGUCUGCGCGACCGCCUGAGCCCGCGCCUCAGGGAGUGGUCGAGGACCCGCAGAGCCGAGUAGCUGGCCCGAGGAGAGCCCCCGGUGCCCAACCCGCCCGAGGAAAAUGCGCCCCGGCGGCGGCGGCGGCUGCCGAGGAGAAUUCAGUGGCCUUUGAGGAUGUGGCUUUGAACUUUACACAGGAGGAGUGGGCUCUGCUGGAUCCUUCCCAGAAAAAUCUCUACAGAGAUGUGAUGCAGGAAAUCCUUAGCAACCUGGAUUCUAUACAGACAUACAUAAACAUAGUGGAGCGAGGCCAUAUGAAUGUAAACAAUGUGGGAAAGCCAUCAGUCCUUCCUCUUCCCUUCAAAGACAUAAACGAACUCAUGCUGGAGAGAAGCCCUAUGAAUGUAAACAAUGUGGGAAAGCCUUUGUUUCUUCUACUUGCUUUUCAGAACAUAAACAAAUCAUACUGGAGAGAAGCCCUAUAAAUGUAAGCAAUGUGGGAAAGCCUUUGCUUCUUACAGUUCCCUUUGUCAAAAUAAACGAACUCAUGCUGGAGAGAAGCCCUAUGAAUGUAAACAAUGUGGGAAAGCAUUUACUCCUUCUUUACAACUUCAGACACAUAAACGAACUCAUACUUAAGAGAAGCCCUAUGAAUGUCACCAAUGUGGGAAAGUCUUUGUUUCUUCUA